AUAGUUCAGUUGAAUGAAUAGCGUGAUGUAAUUCGUGUGUUGUGACCGCAUAUAUUGAGUCAAGCAAAUUAAUUAGGUUUUACCAUUCGCGGUACAGUUCCAAACGGAUUAGCUUCUUUGGUGGUUUUAGUAUCGUGAAAAUUAAUAUGAUAAUUGUCGAUUUCUGAAGAUGUAUACUGGAAUUAGUAGAAGCAGACUAGCACAGAUAAGAUUUUUAUACCACUGAAUAACGAUGCUUUCGUUAAUUCCAAGAAUUAUACUGUUGAUCACGAUACAUUCGUGUAAUAUUCUGACACAUCCAGUGAAACUUGAAUUGCCUAACUAUAAUGGAUUAUACGAAGAAAAAGGUACAAAGCCAAAAUCACUGGGCGGCAAGCUCCUAGGAACAGAGUUCUCGUCAAUACCCGAAGAUUUCUCGUCGAUACCGAAAGUUCAACAGAACAAGCUAACAAACCAAGUAUCUCACAUGGGAUGCUCCAAUGAAAGGCUUCUCCUUCCUCUGAAGUAUCACGUUGAUGACCGUCUUUCGGAAGGGCUAGACAAUCGUAACAAGAUCGUCAAUUUGCCCACUGUAAAGCAACCUUAUCAAAACUACAAAGUUUUAGUGGCGACUGCGCCGGCAGGCUUGGAGCUGGACGAAGACAACAAGCCAAUGACUGUUUAUAUAGUUUUUAAUGAUGAGAACAAUUAUCAAAGCCCAUUGGACCUCCCAUCUGUUUAUUUCGUAAAAAAAUCAAUGAAUCGUGGUAAUAAAAACUUAGAUUCGAUGUUCCUAGUCGAUAGCAACCGAACAGUCACGGGCCUAAGAAGUAAAGAAAUAGAAAAAUUCGUCAAGUUUCGGAAUAAAUUUACCAGCCGCUUUCACAGAAACCUUGGCUACACCGAUGAAGAGGUUGACACGACUAGUGAUAUCAAUCCCUCCGCUAGCACCGUAACUGAUAAUAACUAGGUUAUAAUUUAUAAAUUAGUAUUGUAUAUUAUAGCCAAAUCGAAAAAGCCAGAUAAAAAUUGUCUUGUUAUUUAUAUUUAUUUUAUUUAUUUGCUUGAUGAUAAAGUGUCUGAGAGCAUAUAUGAAUUUGCUUAACUUUAUCAAACAGAUAAAGUUAAAAAGAGUGUUUCACAAAUCUAUGGCAAUUGGCCAAUCGCAUUAAGUAGAUUUGUUAGAUUACAUUGGAUUUUAUAAGAAAGUAGUGAAACAGGUCCUAUAAAUAUAAACUCAGAACAGGAAAUAAUAAAGAAAGAAUCUUGUAUACAUGUCUAUAUUCAGGGAAUAAUUUGUUGAGAGUUUGUUUAACAAUGACGCCGUUUUGUAACAUUUAGAGAUUGUGGAAAGUAAUUCUGUUCCAGCAAAAAGAUUGAACAUGAUAGAUGGGUAUACCUAAAAAACCUUACCAGAAAGCAGUAGAAAAUUGGCCAGAAUGCUAUGUUAUAAAAUGUGAAUUUAUAGAUAACUUAAUUAUUAUUCAUCAUCGAUUCACUAAUUUUAAAAUACACAACGUCAUGAAAAUUAUACUACGAAAAUGAAGUCCUAACGGUAUAACUGAUAUUUGUGUAGAAUUACAUAAAAAGUCAACAAAAUAGAGUCUGAACAAAGACAUAAAUGCGACGAGAAGCAACGAUGUAGGAUCGUGGCAAGCUUUUAUACGGAAAUUUAUUGUUGAAACUUAUCCCCAAGCUUUGUUUUAGUUGCUUUUAAAAUUUUUGUUGUCUCGUUAGAUCUACUUACUAAAAUCUGAUUUUUUCUGGGUAAUUAGUUACUUAUAUUAUUUGAUAUGUUACGCAGGCGCGACUUUGUUUUGUGUAGUAUAUGAAUAACAGAAAAUAAACACAAUACCUCAGUGAAAACAUACGUGUUUAAUUUAGUCACGUGUUUUCGUUUUGAUUCUUUAGUCGUAGGCAGACGUAGGUAGGGAGUUAUAAUAACUACUUACUAAAGUCACACAGACAAAGGUAUUAUUCAGAGAGGUCUCAAGCAUACAACAAUGCGAAAUUUUAUUACGAGAUCUAAACUAUAUGUUUUGUGGGAUCAAAAUAGAUACGGUAUGUAUGAUGCUAACUAAUACUGAAUAGUUUAAACUUUAAUAAACCUUCAAAAGGCAGAAAGGCAAAACUUUGCAGACCAUAGACAAAUCAGAAAAGUGAAAUAUGUGUACAUAUGUAUGUGAGUAUAUAACAGGCCGUAAAUAAGUUCGGUUCGGUAUUGGUGCGGCGAUUCGGUGCUCUUUGAAACGCACCAAUUACAGAUGUUAUUAAAAUUGGUAAUCUGAGAAGAAUAAAAAUAGGUCUUGAAUAAAAGCUGAGGAAUGCUUGCUGAUGUACCUAUGUAGUUACCUAUCAGCAUAUUAGUAUGGCCUUAAAUUUUAGUCACACUUUUUGAGAAACGAUCCUCGGACACAUUGUCGUUCAUAGACGACCUCUGAACCAAUCAUUGAUUUCUUUAUUAGAACUUAAUUGAAUAAUUACAGUAUACACAAAAUUACAACGUUAGGUUUUUAAUGAAUAUAAUUGGCAUUGAUUCAACCUUCGACUUACGAGUGAUUACCUACUUUUGACCAGUUACUCUUGACAGCAGAAUUAUUUCCAAAUAAUUGACGGUUAAAAUAUAUUGGAUUUUCAAUAGAUUUUUGACCUUCAUCCAUGGCCUAAAAAUAACUUCUUAAUUGCAGGAGGUCAAUGUUAACAAGGCUAUGUGCAGGAUGUUUAGUUAGCUGCUUACGUAAUAUAUAAUAAUUUUGACUCCUUACCAAAAAUUGUUCGGUCUCGCGAUAGCAAUCCAAUAAUGAAGCAUUAAAGGACUAACUUAAUUUUUUAAAUUAAUAUUUUGUGUUUUGUUUCUAUAAGGUUCCUACUUAAUCUAAAAUUCUUCUUAGAAAGAACUUCUUAGAAGUCUUGUUGACUUCAAGGAUUUAGUAAGUAGUUUGUACAACCAGAUUAACUAGUAACUCCAUGGUAGACUUUUGCUAAAUUCGAGUUUCAAAUAAUUAUUCAAAACAAAUAAUUAUUAAACUUUCAAAUAGUUAUUCGUAACACACUAGAUAAAGAAAGACUCUUCUUUCUUUGACUAAUAAAUAACCAUUAUUCUCUAAGAAUAGUUAUUAGUCGUACUUUCAACUAAACUGGACAAUAAAAGACUGUUAUCCAUUUUCGUCGGUUUUAGUGAGUCAAUGCUAGAUAUUCUAGCUAGAGUAACCGAGCAAAGCCGGGGUGGCUUUAGAGACAGCGUGUUGAAAUAGCGAAUAC